CCUGAAUCAUGCUCUGAUAGAUAAGCGAGUGUAGCCGGGAGGGCGCGCGAAACAUCGCACUAAAUACGUCAGGUCGUUGACGAUCGACCUGUCUGAUCCAUAACUUCCUGUUUGGAUUAAAUAUCAUCAACACAUCCUAACAAAUUUGAGUCAAGCAUUUUGGAAACCAACUUUCGACCUUGUCUAAAGCGAACAUCUACAUCCAACCGUGAGCAAUCAUGACAGACGUCAUCCCCGAAGCAGCAAAAUAUCAUCUCUCUCAGCGUGGAGCGGAGAACUUCACGGCGGGGAAUCAUUGGGCUCCAAUUGAGAGGGCUUUGGCGAAUGUAUGGGAUAAAGAGAAGAAUCCCAAUGGGAUUAUCAAUCUCGGCCUCGCAGAAAACUCACUCAUGCACUCCGAAAUGGGUGCCUACCUCGAGAAAAACUUCCAAGUCCUUCCCUCCAAGCACCUAACCUACGGCCUCGGCCCCCACGGCUCCCUCCGCCUCCGCACCGCCCUCUCCUCCCUCCUAACCACCCACUUCCACUCCCUCUCCCCCACCCCCAUCCCACCCACCCAAAUCCUCCCUUACUCCAGCAUCUCCGCCCUAACCGACGCUCUAACAUGGAGUCUCUGUAACGAAGGGGAAGGGAUACUGAUUCCUAGACCGCUGUAUACGGGAUUCCGCGUGGAUAUCCCGCAGAGGAGUAGGGGUGUUAUUGUGCCUGUUUCGUUUGCUGGGCUUGGAAGGGUUGGAGGAGAUGGGAAGGCAGAGGGAGGGGGAUGUGGAGGGUUGGAUGAUGUUUUUGAUCCUGAAAUCAACGAACUGGCUUUCGAGCGCGCUUGGAAAGAAUGUGAAAGAUCAGGUACUAAAGUCUGCGCCGUUCUCAUCACCAAUCCACAUAAUCCCCUUGGGAAAUGCUACCCAGCAGCUACUUUGAAAGCUAUUGCGGCAUUCUGCGGGAAACAAGGACUACAUUUGAUUUGCGACGAGAUCUAUGCAUUGUCUGUAUUUGAGAAUGAGGAGGAUCCGGAAAUUGAGAAGGAGAAGUUCACGUCUAUUCUGGCUGUGGAUUUGGAGGGUUUGAUUGCGGAGGAGAUGGUCCAUGUUAUGUAUGGGCCUUCGAAAGACUUUUGUGCGAAUGGGUUGAGGUUGGGGGCUUUGUGGUCGAGGAAUGAGGGGGUGCUUGGGGCGGUGGCGAGUUUGGCAGUAUUUUCUUGGUCACCUUACAUCCUGCAAGACCUCUGGGCUUCACUCCUCGAGGACACAGAGUACUUGAACUGGUUCAUCUCAACCAACCAGCAUCGUCUCGCCGAAAACCACGGCCUCGCUAGAUCAUUCCUCUCUUCUCACAAUAUUGAGUAUUUCCGUGGAUCGAAUGCUGGUGUAUUCAUUUGGAUUGAUCUUAGAGAGUACUUCUCUCCCAAAAGCGACGGACAUGAAAGAGGUGUGGAUGAGAAGGAGAAGCGAGCGAUGGAAAUGGGAUUUGUGAAGAGGUGUGAGGAGAAGGGGUUGUUUGUGGGGUAUGGAAGUAAUUUCUUUAGUGAGAAGGUGGGUUGGUUUAGGCUUACUUUUACGGUUGGGAAGGAGGCUUUGAUCCAGGGGUUAGAGAGGUUGGUUGGUGUUUUGAGAGAGGGAAGUUGGAGGGUUUGAGAGAGGAUGAAGUUUAAAAUAGUAAAAUGAUGUUACUUCUGGAAAUAAAUGGGCUCGGUUCAAUAUAUGUGAUGAAAUUGAGUACUGACAAAAAUGAUAAUGAGAG